UCUAAUUCAAAAUAGCUAUGUUUAAGCAAAAGGAAAAUGUGUGAUUUAAAUGCUUUGUGGUUGGAUGUAUUAAAAAUAUUCCCAAUUUUAGGUGGAGAGACAACUUCUCCACCGGAAACAGUUGAAGACGCAGUCUUUGAGAAUGUGUACCGGCAUCUGGCAAGCUUGGGAACUAUUGAAACAUUAACAUCUAUUUUAAAUUUAGAAAUCGAAUCUGCAAUUCGAAAUGUACUUGUGCCCAAAUUUUGGAAACACUUUACGCUCACCGAAAAUGAAGCACCUAAAGUCAAGUUGGAUAUAGCUUUGAAUACAGCAGCUUUCUCGGAUCCAAAUGCCUUGUUCUUCACAUUUAUCUAUGCAAUCGAAGAACUAUAUAAUAGCUAUGAAUGCCUAGAGAUGGUCAAACCUCGGCUGCUCCACCUAAAUAAGAAGCUACUAUUGUCAUCAAGUUUGGAAAACACAAAAAAUACGCUGCAUAAUGCAUUGUUGGCGCAGCUGCCACCAUCGUUUAAUAAUUUUGUUUGCGAUUUUUACAGCGUACAUUUUCGGCUAUUUACCAAGGAUUUAACCUUAUCACUGAAUACACUUGAUUCGGAAGUAUUUACUGAUUUACCGUGUGCUGGCUGCAAUUUCGACCUCGACCAAUGCUGUUGCCAGAAGCUAACCGAAAUGGUGACUACAACAAAUAUAAAAUUGUUGAAGAUGGGCCUGAUUGAUCGCUUGGCUGGCAGCGCUUUGACAGCAUUGAUCAAAUUAAAGAUCAAGGAACACAUCAACGAUACAUGCGUCGGAAUCUUUGAUAGAAGUCAUCUUAAGCAACUUGAAACGUGGAUUAACGACGUUGUUAUGACAUGGUUAACUUGCAUAUUCACUGAAUGGAAAUCGAAGGAUGAUAUUUCUCAAGAGAAAAUUCCCAAAUCGGUUCAAGCAUUUAAAGUGAAACUUACAUACUUUAUGUACGAAACUUUUGCUCAAAAUGUAAUCAGUCAAUUCUUUAGCAUAAUCAUAGACUAUCCAGAUUCUUCACCUGCCAUAGAUGAUCUGAAGAUAUGUAUGGAGAAAAUUGAUAUGCGAAUACACCUAACUGAAUCGCUGAGAAGUUCUUUAGAGGCGAGAAUUCUGCAUCCCGGUGUUAAUACUAUGGAUAUAUUGACUGGAUACAUUGCUGCAAUCAAAGCAAUACGUCAUCUAGACAACACUGGCGUGAUAUUAGAAAUAGUCACAGCUCCAAUAAAAGAUUAUUUACGAAAACGCAACGAUACGGUUAGACGAGUUGUCACUGGUCUAACUGAAGAAGGACCAACGGAUCUUUCGGAAGAAUUAGCUAAGGGAGAAUUUAUAAAAUAUGGCAAGGAUGCUGGUAAUAAUGAAUACAGUAAUUGGGAAAAUUGGGAACCGGAUCCAUUUGGUAUUGAUCCCGAUGUCUUAGAGCUAAACAACUCGAAAGUUAUUCGAUCGGCAGAUAUUAUAUCCAUGGUAGUAGAUAUUUAUGGAAGUAAAGAACUAUUUAUGGUUGAAUACCGCAAUUUGAUGGCUGAUCGUUUAUUGUCGCAACUUGAUUUCAAUUCCGAAAAAGAAAUACGAAAUUUAGAAUUGCUCAAAAUCAGGUUUGGCGAAUCACUUCUACAUAGUUGUGAAGUAAUGCUAAAAGAUGUGACUGACUCCAAACGUAUUAAUGCUCAUAUUCAUGGCGAUGGGAAUUCUGAUGAAAGUCCAUUAUUUGAUAUUUCGUCACUUAUAAUAUCGGCUCAAUUUUGGCCGUCUUUCAACAAGGAGAGCUUGCAAUUGCCAGUUGAACUUGAGAAUGAAUUUAAGAAGUUCACAAAAGCUUACGAGUCUUAUAAGGGAAAUCGUACACUCAAUUGGCGCACAGUGACUGGCAAAGUCAACAUAGUCAUCGAAAUUGGUGAUAGAGUAUUGGAGAUGACGGUGCCCCCAACGCAGGCAGUCAUCAUUUACCACUUCCAGCAUAAAAACGAAUGGAGUUUGGAAGAACUUAGCAGCCUUAUAAAGGUUCCUCCAUCAGCGCUUAGACGACGCAUAAGUUUUUGGCAAAAUCAUGGUCUGAUCGCUGAAAUAGAACCCGGAGUUUUUUCACUUUUGGAAAAAGAGACUGAAAAAACACAGUUCGAAGACGUCAACAUUACGGAUGCUGAUGAAGAGGAUUUAGAAUCAGCUAUGGCUUCUGCCAGUGAUCAAAGAGAAGAAGAACUUCAAGUUUUUUGGUCUUAUAUUGUUGGCAUGCUUACAAAUCUGGAUUGUAUGCCGAUCGAUCGUAUACAUCAAAUGCUUAAACUGUUUGCUUCGCAUAGUGGAGGAGUCGAAUUUACCCAAGAUGAAUUAAAGCACUUUCUGCAAAGAAAAGUCCGCGAGCACAAACUCUUGUUUUCUGGUGGAGUUUACCAGUUGGCUAAAUAAAAUUAAAUUAAAAAAAAAAUAAAUAAAUAUAAAUCAAAUACAUUUCGAACAUC